AUGGUACUCACUACUUUCCGUUCAGAGGCGUUGAAUGGCCUCUGCUCCAAGGAGCGUCUUGAUCUCAUGGAUUCUAUCGACAGCCUACGCUCUCAGGGUAUCAAUCAUUUCGUCUCGCUCCCCCAGAUUAUUGUCUGCGGAGACCAGUCCUCUGGUAAAAGCUCCGUCCUUGAGGCAAUAUCCGGCGUGUCAUUCCCUGUCAAGAGUAACCUCUGCACGCGGUUCCCGACGGAGCUCGUCUUGCGCAGAACUUCCCAUACCAGCGCCAGCAUCUCUAUCGUGCCCCAUCACUCGAGAAGCGACUCCGAGAAGGAAGCCUUCGCCAGCUUUCAUGAGGAGCUGGAGAGCUUCGAUGGCCUGGCUGAUCUGAUGGAGAAGGCCAAGUCUGCGAUGGGCAUCAACACUCUGGGAAAAGCUUUUUCGAAAGACCUCCUCCGCGUUGAGAUCUCCGGACCAGACCGACCACAUCUCACCAUCGUUGAUUUGCCUGGGCUCAUUCACUCGGAGACCAAGAAUCAAUCGGCCGCAGACAUCGGCCUGAUUCAGGAGGUGGUUGAGUCGUACAUGAAGGAGCCACGAAGUAUCAUCUUGGCUGUCGUUUCGGCUAAGAAUGACUUUGCCAACCAAGUGGUCCUCAAAUUGGCACGUUCCGCUGAUGGUACUGGGAAUCGCACUCUGGGCGUUAUUACUAAGCCCGAUACCUUGUACCCGGGGUCCGAAAGCGAGUCACUCUAUGUGUCUUUGGCCCGGAAUCAGGAAGUUGAGUUCCGUUUAGGUUGGCACGUCCUAAAAAACCUAGAUUCCGAGGCGGGCUAUGGGUCGCUGGCUCAGCGCGAUAUCAGGGAGAUGCAGUUUUUUGAGCAAGGCAUCUGGACAGAGCUUCCCACGUCAGUUCUAGGAAUUGAUCAGCUGCGUACCCGACUGAGUAAAGUCCUCCUCAACCAUAUCACAACAGAGCUACCUAGCUUGAUUGGGGAGAUCGAGUCAAAGCGCAAUGCUUGUCACGAGAGACUGAAGAAGCUGGGGCAACCCAGAACUACACUGUUUCAGCAGCAGCUUCACCUGAUACGUGUUAGUGAGUCUUUCCAGCGACUCGUGCGGAAUGCAGUCGAUGGCAAUUGGAAUGACACGUUCUUUGGCGAAGCUGAGUUUCACUAUGGCUAUCUUCGCCGCAUCCGAGCCGUGAUCCGGAAUCUCAACGACAAGUUUGCCAAGGACUUGUCCACGCAUGGUCAUCGUCGUCAGAUCACUGAUUCUGCAGAGGAAUCCGUAUCACCGCAUUGCAUCUCUGUUACAAGGGAUGAUUUUAUCCAUCAAAUCCAGAUCAAAAUAAGCAGAUCUCAGGGCAGGGAGUUGCCUGGUCUGUUUGAUCCCAUGAUCGUGGCCGAACUCUUUCGCGACCAAGCAAGUCGAUGGGAAGAACUGGCCCGCAGCCACGUUCAUGCCGCAUGGAAGGCGUGCCAUGAUUUCCUCAAACAUGCCGUUGCCCAUGUGGCCGAUGCAGGGACUUCCACAGCCAUAAUGCAGAAGAUUGUGCAACCUACCAUGGACUCCUUGUUGGCGACACUUGAUUCCAAAACUCUGGAGAUCCUGAGGCCGCACCAAACGAUUCAUCCUAUCACUUGCAACCACUACUACACAGACAUAAUCCAGAAGUUUCGCAAGGAGAGGAAAUUGAUUCUGAUUAAGGAGGCAUUGCGGAAGUUCUUUAAUGUUAAGAAACUAUGCAAAGUUUCCUGUGAAAUUGUGGAUCUGUCAGGUUUGGCGAAGGUGCUGGUUGAUGACAAUUCUGAGCCGGACAUGCAUCGAUUUGCCGCAUCAGAAGCGCUGGACCAUAUGAAUGCUUACUACAAGGUUGCCAUGAAGCGCUUUCUAGACGACGUCGCUGUCGAGAUUAUCGAGGUCGUCCUCGUGUCCGCGCUCCCUGCCAUCCUGUCUCCCGUCAAGGUCUAUGAAAUGGCACCUGAACUUGUUGCUCGCAUAGCUGGGGAAUCUGAGGAGGCCCAGAACCAGAGGGAGCAACUGACGAGGCAAUUAGAGGUACUGAGCAGAGGAGCCGAGACUUGCAAGGAGUUCGCCGUAACGAAAUUUAAUGGGCUUGCGGAAGAGGAUGACUCAGACCAGGAAGAUGAGCCACAACAUGAGUUUGACGCAGUCGAAAGUGGUUCCUUUGAUGAGAUUGACAAAGCGAGGUCAAUUGAGUCUUUUGCGGAAAGUAUGACCCACCCUCCUUCACCGCAACUGGAGGCUCAUCCGGCAGAACUGGAGCCGGCAGUUCCUGAACCAGAAGAGCAGCCUGUAAUUUCCGACGUUGAAUAUGAUCCUUUUGGAUUCAGCACAGGCAAAAAGAAGAUGAGUAAAAAGGCUAAGAAGAGGUCUAGAGUAACAAGUUACGAUGAUCCAGAAGUCGGUUUACCUUUAGCAUAG